AUGUUUACUGCGAAAGAUAAAGAAGGAACUGAUGAUCAGAAAUUUGUAGACUUGGAUGAUGAACAGAAGGAGCAGCUUAUCAAACAUUAUACAUCUCUGCAGUUUGAAUUAACAUCAGGCGCAGGCGUCCAGUCUAGAGACCAGUUGUUGAUUGCUUCUCUAGAAGAGAAAAAAGAAUUGUUUAACGAAAAAUGCAAAGAAUUUAAGAUAAACAAACCAUCUUUAGACAGUGAUAUUAGGAAAACUCAAGUUUUGUUGAUAAUUUGA